GUUGCUUACUCCUAGAUGUUCGGCUUUUCAACAUCACGCAUCCCGGCUUGGCUAUUGUCACCUUUUGCAUUAUUUCCUCGAGGUCGCCUCAAUAUAUCGAAAGCCCGUUCGGGCAUACCACGUUUCUGAAAUGUCCGAACUUUCUACGCGGGGAAUACCCGUUCGCCGUCGACGGCGCCGGCCAAAUCCUGCGAAAACUGUCGUCAGAGAAAGAUGAGGUGCGACCGUCAACUUCCUUGUAAGCCCUGCAAACGGUCGCGGAAUGCUCUGGAAUGCAGGUACAGCGGCGGCAGCCAGCCAUUGCCAUCAGCUUCGGUGCGGAGCCCACAGUCAAAUCUUCACUCUAUUUCCGAGGCUCAUGACGACUUCCGGGGUGCGUCAAUGGAUAGCAUUUCGUUGCUGCAGUCGGAAAUUACAGAAGAUAAUCAAGCGGCCCAAGAACAUGCCACAGAACCAGAAGGCGACCAGAACGAGCUACUAUUAGAUUCACAUAAUCCUUCGCCAGCCACUCUAGCAUAUUUAUCAAAACGGGUUGCUUCUCUUGAGCAGACAUUAUCACGCAUGCCAAAUGGGAAAGGGGUUCCACCUUCCAGUGGCACCUGCAUACUUACCCCACGCGCAUACUUGCGCGUUGAAUCAGAAAAGACUAAGUUGUUUGGCAGAAGCCACUGGACACAUGCAUUUGAACAGCUCAGCGUUCUCUCCAAAAUCAAAACCAAGGCCAACCUCAACAUGAACGGAGUACACGAAGACACCGCAGCCUUGAUCAAAGAAGCCAGUAGUCUUCGAAGCUCAAUUGUGAAAGAGCACCUAAUCACCGUACAGGAUCCGAUUCCAAACAUGGCCGGUAGCAUACCCGCGAAAGAUGUUUGUGACAGUGUACUGGGCCACUACUUCCGCACCUUUGAGCCCAUGUUUCGAAUCCUCCAUCGGCCUUCGUUCAUGGCGGAGUACAACAAAUUCUGGCGUCGGCAAGAUUCUGCGACAUACUCAUUCUUGCUAAAGUUGGCUAUGGUCUUGGCUAUUGGCGGCAUUUUCCAUCAAGACAAGGUACUAUCAGAUCGUCUCCGCAAACUAGCCAAAAGCUGGGUCCUAGCCGUGCAGUGGUGGCUGCUUGGACCUACCGAGAAAGCUGCAAUGAGUCUAGAAGGUGUGCAGGUCUUCUGUUUGUGCCUCCUAGCUCGCCAAACAAACGCUCUGAUAACCGUCUUGAUGUGCUUGGAUUCAACAUUGCCGCUCCUAAUCUCUGAAGAAGAUUUUGACUGUGGUCUUCCCUCGAACUUGAACGAUGAUGACCUCGAGGUCGAUGCUACAACCCCACCCACUGCGCGGCCCCAAGGAGAAAUUACGGAUUCAUCCAUCCAGCUUCUUCUUCAGAGAUCAUUGAUAUCUCGUUUACGUGUCGUGCGAAAGCUGAAUGGUAUCAAACGUCUGCAAUCCUACGAAGAUACGAUUCGGAUCGGGAAUGAUUUCAAGUCGUACUGUCGCGAGGUUGCUGCGUUCUUUCAAGCACAAUCAUCACAUGCUCCUUUGAACGCCGCAUUCCACCGGAAAUUCCUAGACGCCUACUUGCGCCGAUACAUGCUCUUCAUCGACCGCCCAUUUUCACUACGCGCGCGAAAAGAUCCCCGAUUCUUCCUGGCCCGAAAAACCUGUCUCGAAAGCUGUCGAAUCAUUGCCUCGUAUGCAAAACCCCUCAACUUACAAUUUGAGACCCCUGAUGAUUUCUCACGCCUUUCGAUGUGGGGAAGCGGCCUGUUCAAAGGACCUCUAAGCCAGGAUAUUAUAGUGACACUGGGUUUGGAAAUAUAUUCUCAGAUAGAAGAUGAGAAGCUAUCGAUACCUACGGCCGAUCAUAACGAUGUGGCGUCCGACCCGCUACUCGAGCUGUCCAAAGCCAGCCGAAGACCACUCAUCGACAUUCUCACGCACAUUCUCGAGCAACUGCGCCAAACCAUAGCGCUAGGACGCCCGAGUCUCAAGCGCUACAUCAUGCUUUCGGCAAUACUGACGCAGAUACAAGCCGUGGAAAAAGGAAACCCUGAAGCACAAUCUGAGGCCUGGGCAGCGGGGAUGAAGGCCACAAAAGAGUGCUGUAAGAUUCUGCGCGAGUCUGGUGCAUGUGGAGUUGAAAUUAACCCUAUGACACGCUUGAUUGACGAGUUCAGUCCUGACGAGUUCAGUCCUGACGAAAGCGUUCCUGACUGGUCGGAUGCUCUCGGAAGUCUGGGAUUUGAUUUUGAUUUCUUGGGUCCUCUCAUGUACUCCGAUCUCCCUAACAUUCCGGAACCUCCAGUUUUAGGUGAGGGAUGGGAUGGAAGCUUCUGAUUUGAAAAGCGAUAUGCGUUGGAAAUGAAUAUAAAGGGUGCGCAAUUGUAGUUCAAUAUUGAAGGAUCUCUACUCUCAUGAUCUAUAGAGCGAGCGAAAAGACCAAAUUGGUUCAGG